UGCAGCCUUCAACAGCGGUCGGCAAGAUUGUUGCAAAGCGGGGCGUUAUUUUUACGAGAGAGAGAUGACGCGAGCGGUCCUCCUGGCGCCGUGGCUGCUGCUCCUGGCGACCGCGGGCAGCGCGCACGAAGACGACCCAGACGCCGCGCUGGAUUACGGCCAAGUCAGCGACGACGACUAUCCUGAGAGCGCGGAGGAUUCCACGCUCCCAGUCAUCUCGACCAACAUCUCAGAGGUCCAGGAACUCGUCAGCGCCAACUGGCUGACGCCGUGCAACCUCUUCGAGAAGGGCUGGGGAGAAGCCCUCGUGAUCAACGAUGACGUGGACGCCGUCAUUGCUCGGCUGAACGAACUCGGCGUCAAAUACGUCUAUGACGAGAUCAACGUCGUUACACAAAUGAGGGAAGAGGACAUGCUCUGCGCGGAGGGGGGCUGCCCGCGACCUCUGUGGAACAGCUUCAUGACCCUCGACCAGGUCAAGCAUUUCCUGACGGACGCGGCGAAGAAUUCCCCGCGGGUCUCCUUCAGGGCGAUCGGGACCUCGAUCUAUGGGCGGGAGAUGCUCCUCGCCCACGUCGCGCCCUGCACACGCCCGGGACCCGACGCCCAGAGCGACUCCCCGGCCGACCCUUCGCCCCCGCACCCGGCGCCCAACCCAGGCCUCCGGCGGCCGUGGGCGGUCUGGAUCCAGGCAGGCCUCGGGGCGAACGACUGGAUGACGACAGCGGUCGCCUUGCACCUCCUCAGGAACCUGGUGGACGACUGCCAGGCGUCGCACGGUUUGCACUUCUACGUAAUGGUCGUGGGCAACCCCGACGGAUACUUCUUCUCCCGGAGGAGUCAAAAGACUUGGAAGAAGAACCUCCAUUCUUUCUCAGGUAGUUGUAUGGGGGUGUGUCUGCCAUUCAACUACCCUUUUCUCUUUAACAUUGGGACCAUGGGCAGUACGUGCCACCCCUUCUACAGGGGGCCUUCGCCCAUGUCGGAGGUUGAAACCAUAGCCACCAUCAACACUCUGAAGGAAAUCAGUGAGAAACAAGACCUGAUGAUGUUGCUGGACCUUCAGCAGCCAGGGCAGUCGAUCGUGCUCCCCUUCGGCUGGAAUCUAAACAAGCCCGAGGACUACGAGGCGAUGCGCGCCCUCGCAUUAACAUACACUGAAGCAAUAAGAGUGAAUCACAACGUCUAUUACGACGUGAACCACAAUGGCUACAACGUUGGAGGGACUCUCAUAGACUAUGCCAAGUUCGCCAUUGGAAUGAAAUACUCAUAUAGGAUCUUUUUGAACAUUGAUGUGCCAUACCUGUUCCACCCGAUGCCAAUGAGGGAUUUAGUGCCCCAAACCUGGACAGGUCUGAAAGCUAUGUUAAAGGUGCUCCAAGCCGAGAAAGUGCGGGUGGCUCGGGAAACCUAUUUGGCGUUCCAAAAAGAUCGGAAUUAGUAAUAUGGAUGAGCAGAUUCAAAACAUACAGUCAUAGCCUAAACUUGCAAACUAUAUCUCCAACACUUAUAUAUAUAUAUAUAUAUAUAUAUAUAUAUAUAUAUAUAUAUGUGUGUGUGUGUGUGUGUGUGUGUGUGUGUGUGUGUGUGUGUGUGUGUAAGUACACACAAGAAACAAGAUAUUUCUCCGAUGUGCGAAUCUUUGGGAAAGUGUUUUUUUUUUUUUUUUUUUUUUUUUCGUAACUAUUGGCUUGCAGUUACACUUAAGUAGAUAUCUUCCAAGGAAUUUGUAUCAUUAGUGUGAAUAAUCAAUAAAAUCUGAUGGGAAAA